CUUUUGAGUAAAUUACGUGUUCCGUUCACUCUAACUUACAAUCAUGUCUGGUCGCGGUAAAGGUGGUAAAGUAAAGGGAAAGUCAAAGACUCGUUCAAGCCGUGCUGGACUUCAGUUCCCAGUUGGUCGUAUCCAUCGUAUGUUACGUAAAGGUAACUACGCUGAACGCGUUGGAGCUGGGGCUCCGGUGUACUUAGCAGCUGUUAUGGAAUACCUCGCUGCUGAAGUACUCGAGUUGGCAGGUAACGCUGCUCGUGAUAACAAGAAGACUCGUAUCAUUCCACGUCAUCUCCAACUGGCUAUCCGUAACGAUGAAGAGUUAAAUAAACUUCUUUCUGGAGUUACCAUCGCUCAAGGUGGAGUUUUGCCCAACAUCCAAGCUGUCUUAUUGCCCAAGAAAACCGAAAAAAGCAGUUCUUAAAUUACUUU